GGGGUGUUGCCUACUGCUCCUACCUCAUGGCCGAUCUUUCCAUCUUCCUGAUGCAUCUGCCUGAGCUUCGAGCUUUGUGGCUGGUGUCAAGAGGGGAGUCUGUAUGGAGACGCUUUGGGAACCGAUGUCAAAUGCUCAACAAAUGUUCUGUGAAGUUCGGUCUACGGCAGGUUGGAAAAGGAGCAGAUUAAAGGAAUAAAACAUAGCCCGCACAGUUUUGGAGAGCACCUGCCAGCUGGGACUCCGUUCUGCCAUCCGAGGGGGCGUCCAAGAAACAGAAUACAUGGUACUUGUAAAGGUAAUCUGGUGUUGAAAGCUGGUCAGAAAAGAUCUCCCUGAGAAAGUGAGGUCUGAAGGAAGGGUGGAUGGGAGUCAGCCAAGUGAAGAGGACGCGUCGAGUGUACGGGACAGAAAGAUCCGCCUCUGUGAACUCCAACCAUUGGGAAAGAACAUGACAUGUAUGAAGAAUUCAAAGAAGCCAUUGGGGGAAAAGAGUGAAAAGCUAGUGCUGGAAGAAACUGCCUAUGAAGAAAUCGAAAGGGAUUUUCAGGAUGUUCUCAGUGAACUUUCAGGGGACAAAAGUCUGGAUAAAUUUCGAAUUGAAUAUGAGAAGCUUCAUGCUGUCAUGAAAAAGUCUUAUGACAAUGAAAAGCGCCUGAUGGCCAAAUGCAGAGAGCUAAACGCAGAGAUUGUGGUUAAUUCCGCGAAGGUCGCCACUGCCCUGAAGCUCUCCCAGGAUGAUCAGACCACCAUUGCGUCCCUGAAGAAGGAAAUUGAAAAGGCCUGGAAGAUGGUGGACUCGGCCUACGACAAAGAGCAGAAGGCAAAGGACACGAUCCUUGCCCUGAAAGAGGAAAUAGUGAACCUCACCAAACUAGUGGAGCAGGGGUCUGGACUGUCCAUGGACCAAGAUAGCAAUAUCCGAGAUUUACUGAAGUUCAAAGAAGAAGUGACCAAGGAGCGAGACCAGCUCUUGUCAGAAGUGGUGAAGUUACGAGAGUCCUUAGCUCAGACCACUGAACUGCAACAGGAAACAGAGCGAAGCAGAGAAGAGGCGGAGCAGACCAUCAGUCAGUUCCAGCAAGAAAUCCAGCAACGUCAGAACGAAGCUUCACGGGAGUCUCGGAAGAAGGAAAAACUAGAGAAGGAGCUCAGGCAGGUCCAGAUGGACAUGGACACCAGGCAGACAGAAAUUAAGGCCCUCCAGCAGUACGUGCAGAAGAGCAAGGAGGAGCUUCAGAAGCUGGAGCAGCAGCUGAAGGAGCAGAAGAUAUUGAAUGAAAGAGCCGCAAAGGAACUGGAGCAGUUUCAGAUGAGAAAUUCUAAACUUCAGCAAGAGAAUGAACAACACAGUUUGGUUUGCGAGCAGCUAUCCCAGGAAAACCAACAGAAGUCUUUGGAGCUCAAAGCCAAAGAGGAGGAAGUCCAUCAGAUGCGGGUUGACAUUGGGAAGCUCAACAAAAUCAGAGAACAAAUCCAUAAGAAACUGCACCAGAUUGAAGAUCAGAAGUUAGAAGUGGAACAGCACAGGGAAACUCUAAAAAAUCAGAUCUUGGGAUUAGAGAGAGAGGUGGAGGCUUCAAAGAAACAAGCAGAACUUGAUAAGAAAGCGAUGGAUGAGCUUCUGAGAGAAAGGGACAUAUUAAAUAAGAAUAUGCUUAAGGCGGUCAGUGCGACCCAGAAGCAGAUAGACCUGGUAAAGCUCCAUGAGCAAGCCAAGAGGAACCUGGAGGAAGAAAUCCAGAACUACAAAGAUGAGGCUCAGAAGCAGAGAAAGAUCAUCUUUCAGCUGGAAAAGGAGCGAGAUCGGUACAUCAAUGAAGCCAGUGACCUUACCCAAAAGGUCCUCAUGAACAUGGAAGACAUAAAAAUCCGUGAAAUGCAGAUUUUUGACUACAGGAAAAAAAUCGCUGAAUCAGAGACUAAGUUAAAACAACAACAGAACCUGUAUGAAGCCGUGAGGUCAGACAGAAAUCUGUAUAGCAAAAAUCUGGUUGAGGCUCAGGAUGAAAUAACAGAAAUGAAGAGAAAAUUGAAGAUUAUGACCCAUCAGGUAGAUCAGCUGAAAGAAGAAAUCUCAGCCAAAGAGUCAGCCCUUGUGAAGCUGCACCUGGAACAGCAGCGGAUAGAAAAGGAGAAGGAAACUCUGAAGGCUGAGCUGCAGAAGCUAAGACAACAAGCUCUGGAGACCAAACACUUCAUUGAAAAGCAGGAAGCGGAAGAGAGAAAACUCCUGCGAAUCAUCGCUGAGGCUGAUGGGGAGAGGCUGAGACAGAAGAAGGAAUUAGACCAGGUCAUCAGCGAGAGAGAUAUCCUCGGGUCUCAGCUUGUCCGGCGUAAUGAUGAGUUGGCUUUGCUCUACGAGAAGAUCAAGAUCCAACAGUCUGUGCUGAAUAAAGGCGAGAGCCAGUACAACCAGAGGGUGGAGGACAUGAGAAUUCUCAAACUUGAGAUUAAGAAACUUCGCAGAGAAAAGGGGAUUCUUGCCAGGAGUGUGGCUAAUGUCGAUGAACUCAGGCAGGAGCUUUUCCACAUGCAAAGAGAAUUCUUGAAGGAGAGGACACGAUGUCGAGCCCUGGAGGAGGAGCUGGAGAACCCCAUGAACGUGCACAGAUGGAGAAAGCUUGAGGCCAGUGACCCCAGUACCUUUGAGCUGAUACAGAAGAUCCACACCCUGCAGAAACGUCUCAUCAGCAAGACGGAAGAGGUGGUUGAGAAAGAGCUUCUCCUGCAGGAAAAGGAGAAACUGUAUGUGGAGCUGAAGCACAUCCUGGCUCGACAGCCUGGUCCGGAGGCCGCCGAGCAGCUACAGAUCUAUCGCCACACGCUGCGGGAAAAGACAAAACAGCUGAAAGUUUUGUCUUCAGAGCUGAAUAUGUAUGAAUCACAGAGCCAAGAAUAUAAAUACGAGAUCGAGAAACUUACCAAUGAACUGAUGAACUUGAAGAAGAAAUACCUAGCCCAGAAACGUAAAGAAUACAUUCAGAAAAAUAAGGACAGAGUACCCAUGGAUAACACCUUCUCAAUGGCCAAGCCAACUGGCCCUCGUUUUACUGGGGGUGGAUUUCCCCUCAACAGACCAUCCCAAGUGAAGUCCUAGCCCAAAGCUCUUGGCUGGGUGCAUUUGAACAGCUCAUGACAUUCGCUUUGGAACAUUUUGGAGGAAUCUCUUUCAAAUCUCUUGGAUCCCAAAUAUUUAGAGAAAUCAGUGCUCAAAUUCCAGGAUAAAAAGAAAUGCAAAACUAUCAUCGUCCUGUCCAUAUUAGAGUGAUGACAUUCUACUUGGUCCUCAUGGCUAUUAACAGACUGUAAUUGUAUCAUUCAAUUAAGCUAAUGCAUUGCAAAAAGCCAAUCUUUUGUGACUACCACACCGAUUGAUUUGAAAGGCACCACAUUGCCAAGCACUCAGUAGAGAUGAAAUUUUGGAUCUGAAUUUCUCUGUUAUAAAUAUUGGUGUAUAUGCUUUACAUUUAAAAAUAUUUUCAAAAUGCAGUGCGUUUCUUAUUAAUAAGAAUCUAUUAAUUAUUCCUCAUUAACAAGUCAUGGCAUGAGGUGAGAAAAAAAAGGACAAACUCUCAAAUAUUUAAAACGUGUUUUGAGAAUGAUUUCUAUGUGGAAUUUCUUUUCAGGCCUGGGGUAUGAAAAUCUAUUC